AUGACAUCGAUCAAAAUAAGUUCCGACGUCUUCAACAAAUACCACACUAACGGAAAGCUUCGGCUCUCCACAGGUUAUGUGCAGGAAGCACUGGAGAAGCAGGGAUAUCCCGGUCACGACGGUGUUGUUCAAAUUCUGAAAGGAAAGGAAGACAUCGGAGAGCAAAUGGGCCAUGGAUUCACAUACAGAAUCCGUAUUUGUGAUGGAAUUUUCCAGUAUAACACUCUCGUCAGUGCAGACAUUGACGAUCAGAUCAAACGUGAAGCCGAGCAUCUUGUUGAAGGAGCUAUCAUUGCUAUUACGAAUCUCUCUACUUUCAGUCAAGGAGCUGGAAUCAAAACAUCUUUCUUGAUCACGGGAUACACUCUUCUUUCUCGCUAUCAUCAAACACUGAGUGCUCCAGAAGUUAAGCCAAGAUCGCAUUCUGGAAACCCGGCAGAACAUCAUGGAUACAGACCAAACAUUGUUGUCGAAGACGUCUGGCCGGAAGCAGAAUCCAUCACAUCUGAGUUCCAGGAGAAUAUGUCUAACCCGCCUGCAGCGAAAAUGCCAAAACGAGAGAGUGGCGGAGAAGCAUCUCACAACCGUGUGCCAGCUCCUGAACCACAUCGUAGCCGUGCUCCACCUCCACCAGCUCGCCGAGGUCCUUCCAACACUGAGCGUGGAGUGAUCCCUAUUGCAAUGGUUACUCCUUACGUCAACAACUUCCGCAUCCAUGGAAUGGUAUCAAGAAAAGAGGAUAUCAAAAAUAUUCCGGCCAAGAACAUGAAAAUCUUCAACUUUGAAAUAACUGAUUCAAACGGCGACACCAUCCGAUGUACCGCAUUCAACGAAACUGCUGAGUCUUUCCACAGCACAAUUACGGAGAAUCUUUCUUAUUAUCUUUCUGGAGGAUCUGUUCGUCAGGCUAACAAAAAAUUCAACAACACUGGACAUGACUACGAAAUUACACUCCGCAAUGACUCUGUUGUUGAAGCCGGAGGCGAGUUGCUUGCUGCGCCGAAGUUGAAUCUGAAGAGAGUUUCGUUGGCUGAGAUCGCAGGACAUUGUGGAGAAAUGAUCGAUGUUCUUGUGAUUGUUGAAAAGAUGGAUGCUGAAGCAACGGAGUUCACUUCGAAAGCCGGAAAAACUCUUACCAAGAGAGAGAUGGAGCUUAUCGAUGAAUCGCAAGCUUUGGUUCGAUUGACUCUUUGGGGAGAUGAAGCAAUCAAAGCGAACGUUGACGAUUAUCACGGCAAAGUCAUCGCUUUCAAGGGAGUCAUACCGAGAGAGUUCAAUGGCGGUUACUCUUUGGGUACUGGUUCUGGAACGCGCAUUAUUCCAGUCCCAGAAAUCUCUGGAGUUUCUGAGCUUUACGAUUGGUACACAACUGAGAAACCACAUUCGGAACUGAAGUUGAUCAGUCAAACCUCCGGAGGGAUGUCUGAAGCUCCUCGCACUAUUGCUGGUCUUCAAGAAAUGCAGUUCGGAAAAGACUCGGAUAAGGGAGACUACGCAUCUGUGAAAGCUAUGAUUACUAGAAUCAAUCCAAACAGUGCCCUCUACAAAGGAUGCGCUUCGGAGGGUUGCCAGAAGAAGGUUAUCGAAUCAGACGGUGAAUACCGUUGCGAAAAGUGCAACAAGAGCAUGAACAAAUUCAAGUGGCUCUACAUGAUGCAAUUCGAGCUUUCCGAUGAGACUGGACAAGUCUAUGUGACUGCUUUCGGAGAUAGCGCUGCCAAGGUCGUUGGAAAAACUGCUCAGGAGGUCGGAGAUCUGAAAGACGAGAACCUUAACGAGUAUAAUGCCACUUUCGAGCGUCUUCAGUUUGUUCCAAAGAUGUGGCGUCUUCGCUGCAAAAUGGAGACAUACAAUGAAGAAGUCCGUCAAAAAAUGACCGUCUUCAGUGUCGAAGAGGUUAACCAAGACAAAUACAUUGAAAAUCUCAAGGAACUCAUUGAGCAAAUGAAGGGAAUCGAGGACGAAGGAAGCUACUAA